GUGAUCACGAGAUUUGGCGGCAGCGAGGGAUCCCGAGAAACAUGUACUGCUCCAUAUAAGCAACAAGUCACCACACCACACGGCAGCAAACGCGCCGCCGCCUUCGCCUUCCCCAGCCCGCCGCCGGCACCAUGUCGUCCUCCUCCUCCUCCUCCGAGGACGCCUCCGGCGACGAACGAGAGGACAAGUCCGUGCAGCUCCCGGCGGCCAAGAACCCUCCUGUCCCGGCGCCGGCGCACCAAGAAAGCGACGGCGAUGAGGGUGACGAGGAGGGGGAUGCCGAAGCAGACAGCGGCAGUGAGGAGGGAGAGGAAGACGGCGACACUGAUGAGGCAACCGAGGAGGAGGAUGAAGAGGAGGAAGAUGGCCAUAGCUCCGACGAAGACUACGAGAAUGAGGUGGUGGAAGACUCCGAAACCGACGAGCCGCCGCCGCAGCCACGGACAAAGUCCAAGGGGAAGCUGCCGCCGCCGCCUUCUUCUCCUGAUCUCAGCAAGCAGCCCGCUGCGAAGCGGACAGCGGCGGCGGCCGGUCUCGCAGAACCGUCCCCGUCCAAGAAGAGGGCGCCGCCGGCUGCCCGCACCAAGUCGCUGCCGCCCAAGUCGGCGGCGAAUAAGCUGCCCCUGCCGGAGGAGGCAGCGGCGGCAAACAAAGAGGUCGAGGUAGCCAAGUCGACCGCGCCGAAAGCUGCGGAGAGGAGGAAGGCGGCGGCCAAGGAUGGCACCAGGUCGUCCCCGUCCAAGAAGAACAAUGCUGCUACACCUGCUUCGGUGGAGCGCGGCAAUUCGGCAGCUGCAAUACCCAUGGAGGUUGCCAAGUCGCCCAAGCCCAAGAACAAGUCGCGUAAGAAGGCGGAGGAGGUCGCCGCGCCGCCCAAAUCUGCUGCUGCUGCUGCUGGCGAGUGCCCUUCCGCAGCAGAGGGUGACCAGCAGCAGAAGAUGGAGAAGAGCGCGAGGUACAGGCACCUCUGGAAGGAGGUGGGGCUCCUGGAUGAUGCCUACCAAAACCCAGGCUUUCUCGAGGCCGCCUUCCUCGAGAUGGACGACGACGAGGCUGCCAGGCUGAAUAACAAGAUCACUAAACAGAAGAUGGCCGAGUGCAAGGUGUUCAGCGAGCGGUGGGUCAUCAGGACUGAGGUCUCCAAGGCGUUGUUCGACACCAUGAAAAAGUGAUGUUGCAGCACCCAGGAAUGGAGCAGGCUGCAAAGGUUGGGCCGUUUUUUUUUGUCAGAAAGACUGCUGCAUGCAUUUUGGUGUUUUGGUUCGUGUUGCUGAUUCUGCUGAGAAUUAGGAACCGAGUGUUGUUUAAGGGUCGUCGUCAUAAACAAUGAAUAAUGAAUAAAAGCAGUCAAAGUGGAGACGUGCAUGGCUGCUGUUUUGUUA